UCAGUCGUCGCUCAGCGGUCGUGGUGAGAGGGUCUUUCUGCGUGUCUCUCUGGCUAGGUCCAUCACAGAAUGACAAGUAUGACACGUCUCGUAACGGUGGCCGUGACAGUGACCCUUCUCCAGGCAACGCCCUCCGCGGCUUUUAACCCGUUCCAGCACGCCUUUGGUUCUCUCCACAGGGCCUUCAACCCUGUCCAAAGAGCCCUCGACAGACCCCUUUCCAACGUAGGCGACUUCCACAAUGAUCUGUCGGAGCAGCACGUGUUCGGCUCGUCCCCCCCUUCGGCGACGGGGAUGCCCAUCAACACCCUCUUUGGGAAACUGGGGGCUGUGGGAGACGGUGACAGAGCGCCCUCGCCGCCCGCAAUCAGUGGGGUUCCUGCAAGCCCGGAUUCCCAGCGCGUGAACUUCAACAUCGACACUUUUACCUUCAACCAACACAACACGCGCAGGGUGGACGACAUCUUCAGUCUCCUGGCCGACAUCGAGGACGACCCACGCCCCGCGACGCCCUCGGAGGAGCCCCAGGAGGCAGCGGACGACCCGAGAACCGAGGACCCGCAGCCUGAGGAAGAGACAGACGAUCUGGCCGUGACCAACGCCAUCGGCAAGGGGGUCCUCCAAGCAGCCAAGAACAUGGAGGGCGUCCUCAAGGUUAUCCGGAAAAUGAAAUCCAGAGUCGAGGACCGGAGUAACUCCUCCUUGGCGGAGCUGUCGGCCUCAAACACCUCCGCCUCCCUGGUCGACGUCCUCCUCGAUGUGCCGACGCUGGAGGGCAUCAGGACGGCGGGACUCACGGCCGAGUCUGAGGCGGAGUUCCUCGACCACCUGACUUCCGUCCUGCUUGGGGCCGAGGACAGGCAGCAGUCCGCCCUCACGCUCGACCCUGUGACCAUCAUUGCGCUCCUCACCCUUGCGGCCUACCUGAUCCGCGCCGUCUACCAGAUCCUCACCGUGACCGGCCGGUCUCUCGACGUCUCGGACUUCGGCCUCCCGCUCAGCCUCUCGGACCUGCCGGACGCCAUGGUCAAUAUUCAUAACUGGAUUUCUUCUUCGCAGUUCGAUGUGUUGGGUCACAGCGAAAGCAGAUCCUUCGACGACAGAUCCUCUGCCCUCGAGAUCCCAGGAAAGGUCGCCGCUAUCAUGAAGUUGCAGCGAGAGGGCCACUAUGCCUGCGUCGGGCAGUUCCUCUGUCAGCAGCUCGAGGAGACGCCGCUGCCUGCGCCCUCUGUCUCGGAUUUGUUUGUCGCAAGCCUCGGGUAUUUCUAUGGACAGAAGGACCUGGCUUACUACAUCGACAACGGCCUCUCGAGACAAGGUUCCUGCAACGCCUCCUCCUCCAGGUGUUCCUCCGGCACGCUCUCAGACGCUCACACCGUGCACAGUAUUUUCACCGAAGCUGUUCACAAGUUCUUUGAUCUGUGGGCGACUGUGCACGGAAGGCUGUAGGUGGUGGUUGUUCUCGUAAUGUGUUUUGAGGGAAUGUGAUUUUUUUUUUCUUCUUUUCUUUUCUUUUAUAUUUCAUAGUUUGUGUUCUAUUGUUUUUAUUUUCUAUUAUGUUGUUUUUUUAUAUUUGUUGUUUGUUUUUAUCUUCUAUUCAGUUGUUUUUGGAGUUCGUUUUAAUUUAUUCUGAUUAUGUGGAGAGUGAAUGAGAUGUGUUUAUAGUCUGAAAAGGGCAUUUUAAAGCAAUGAGUCACUGGUUGACUUGAUAUAGAAUAUCUGAAUACCCAAGGAAUUUUGAAAUAAGGAAAAGACAUAAAUAGAGAAAUAAGUGAAUAAAUAGAGAUAAUUUUCUGAAUUAUUUUACAUUUUGGUCGACCACCUAAUUUGCCACAGUUGUCCAUUAAUGAAAAUGUUUGUACAGAAAAGUCGCACUAAGUUUUCAGGACCAAAAGGUUGACCACGCCAUCUGUUGAUUGUAAGAGCAACUAAAAUAAGCUAUUUUUUGACAGCAUGGUUUUUAUAUGAAAAGUUACUAUUCCUUAUUUCAUUUUCCUUGUGUCGAGAAGAUGCCAGUUACAAAAUUGAUAUUUUUCGUUGUGAUUUCCAAAUACAUAUUUUUGGGCAUUAUUCCUGUAUGAUUUGUGUGUAUAUAUCGUGCUAAUAGGUAUGCUUUAAUACAUGUAUAGACAGUAAGCAUACCAUAUGUUGUUAUUUUUUAUGCUAAGGAGUUUCAUAUUAAAGACUUUAGUAUCU